UUACCAACUAUCUUCCGUAUGGAAUAGAUCGUGAUAAAAUGACACGAAGGAAUAAUUAAAAAUUUCAGUGGUUGGACUUUCCUUCGUGAUAUAAAUUCUGUGAAUAUAAAUAUCACAUUUGCAAUCAAACGAUUUUUAUUCGGUGGAAUGGAAUAAAAAAUUUUUUAUUUAUUUUUCGGGCCAUAAAUUUAAUUUUUUUUUCACUGAAGAAAAAAAAAGCCGUUGUGUGGUAUAAGAAAGUACAUUAAGUUAUGUAGCUGUAGAGAGAAAGAACACGAAUAUUAUACUAAUAAAAAUUCGGUCAACUCGGUGUAAAUUUUAAAAUUAAAACGAAAAAAGUGUCAAGAGUGAAGUGAAUGAUAUCAAAAAAUAAGUUUAUAAAUAAACUUAAUUAAGUUAAACUUGAUCUGUUUUCUCGUGAAAAUCUGUGUUUUUGUUGUUUGUUUAAAAUGAAACACAAAAAUGUGAAAAUUAAAACUGAGAAAAUUUAAGUUUUCCUAAUUAUAAUAUAAACUGAAUGGAUUACAAUUUUUGAAUAAUAAAUACCAGCCGAUGAUUGCUGCGUUGAACGUUUCAAGUGGAUUCGUUUUUUGAAAAAACUUGAAGGAAAAAUCUCCACAACCUUCACUAACAACGACUACAACGACAGGAAUGUUCAUUAAGUGGCUGGAUCGACGACAGAGACAAAAUCCAAAGUGUUUUGCCGAACGAAAUUCAGUUUAACUUCAAUUCCAUAUUCAACAUCAUUAACAUCCAAAUCGAAACUCCGCAUCUGGCGUCUACUUAUCCCGGCUUGUGUUUAAUACAAAAACGAACAAAAAUUAAAAUAGAAUUACGUGUUAAAGCUUCAACCGAAGCAAGGAGAGAAGGAAAAAAAAAAUAAGAAGAGGCUUAACAAUGGAUAUAUUAUCACCGAACAAAUGCUGCAAUGAUGGUGUGAACAAGAAUUUUAAAUUUAAAAAUAACACCUCCAUCACUGACACCGUGUCUAUCCACCACAUCGUCAAUGAAAACAUCGUGCUGUGAAUUUUUGUUCUGCUUCUCUCUCAGUUCAACGAAAGAAUAGAAUUUUCGAUUAUAAUGCGAAAAGUAGCAUGCACAAGUUGGAAAAAGUAGUGAAAAAGAAAAUAUUUACAUUUUCCGCUGGUGGUGUAUAAUGCACGUAUAACAUGUUAUGUGUAGAAAUUUCUAUAAUACAAAUAGUGUUGCCGUCGGAAGUAUCUAAAGUUCGGUGAAUAGGUGAAACAAAUUUAAUGAUUAUACCGCAUAGAACGCAUUAACAACAAACACUUCUUAUCAACGGAUAUAUAUAUAUGCAUGAUAUAUACUCGAGAAAAAGUAAUUUGAAUUCAGAAAUUCUUGACAGAAUAGUUUCGUUUCUCAUCAUUUCAUUCGGAGGGUUGUGCUGUAAGACGAUUUUAAACAUUAUAUUAAGUUUCAUGUUGUGGAUGUUUGAUAAAAAAUGUUGAAAAUGGAAAUUUCAUCCGUUCGGGAGAAAAGUAUAAAUAAUAAUCCUGCGAUGGGUGGACGGUUAUGUAAAUAGGACAAGUAUAGUAAAAUAAAAAUAAAAAAGAAAGACGAGAAAUUGUGUGGGUGUAAGUUACAUUGAUUUGUACGUGAAUACAAAUGGUAUUGACCUACUUGUUUAACUUGAAUGACUUGAAAAUAAAACGAAAUUACUCACGUUACAUUUAUUUGUUGGAGAUAACUCUUGAAUGAAACUUGAAUUUAUUUAAUUAAACGCAAGCCAUAGAGUGUCGUUUACAGUCAAUAACUGAAAAUGACGACAAUGAACAAUUGUGUUGAAAGCGUAAACCGUUGACUGAAUGCAAUUGACGCAAUUGACGUCGAAACCAGACGCAUAAUCAAAUCAACAGUGGGAUAGAAGAAAUGAAUGACUUUAAUGAAACGUUUCUUGGUAGCAGCAAUAGCAGUGACGAUAACAACAACACCAAGCCGCUAUGUCCGGAACAAUUUUCAGCCAACGAGAAUGCGUUCGAUUUUUGGAUGAGCGGACUUGUGCUAAAUGUCGUUGGAGUGAUCGGUAUUCUGGGCAACAUAUUGUCAAUGGUCAUACUGUCACGGCCGCAGAUGCGCUCAAGCAUCAAUUAUUUGCUAAUUGGUUUGGCUCGAUGUGAUACGGUACUGAUUAUAACAUCGAUGUUUUUGUUCGGCUUUCGAUCCAUCUAUCCGUACACCGGCUAUCUGUUUUUCUACAACUACUACAUCUAUCCACAAAUUGUACCCUACGUAUUUCCCUUGGCAACUGCAGCCCAAACCGCCAGCAGCUAUUUAACAUUAAUGGUGUCGUUGGAGAGGUAUGUGGCAGUGUGUCAUCCGUUACGUGCACGAGCUCUGUGUACGUAUGGACGCUCGAAAUUUUAUGUGAUAUUUUGUAUCGUCUUCGCUGUGUUAUACAACUUUGUCAAGCUGUGGGAGACAAAAGUUUUAGCCUAUAAUAGUAAAACACUUGGUCUAAUAUUCUGUGUUGGAUCAACGAAACUACGAAAUGACUCCCGGUACAUCACCAUUUAUAUACAUUGGUGCUACUUGAUCGUCAACUAUUUUAUUCCAUUUCUUGGCUUGUUGAUAUUCAACAUAUUGAUCUAUCGGCAGGUACGAAAGGCGAACAAAGAGAGGCAAAGACUAAGCCGAACAGAAAAACGUGAAAUUGGACUAGCUACAAUGCUGCUAUGUGUUGUGAUUGUGUUUUUCCUGUUCAAUUUACUGGCACUGUACAGUAAUAUUGUUGAAGCAUUUUAUCAUCGCAUCGACGAUGAUGUUGUGGUUGUAUCGAAUUUGCUAGUUACAUUGAAUAGCAGUGUUAAUUUCAUAAUUUACGUUAUUUUCGGUGAAAAAUUCAAACGGAUAUUUCUUUUGUUAUUUUGCAAGGGCCGUAUCGGUCGAGAAUCGCCAGAUGGUCUAAUCCAUGAGGAUAGUUCAUUUUCAAAUGGCGACGGUAAUAAUCGUAGUUCGGGUCGUUUCUCACGGCAUGGCACACAGCGCGGCAGCUUGAGAAAUGGCUCGACCUUGAAAGUAUCUCGAUCGGUACGGGUUCGAUCGCCAGCGCCAUGCGUUUAUUAUCCGGCACGUGAACUACAACGAUCACAUUCGUUAACGCGAAAUGGCUACGAUUGGGACACGAAGAACGGUUUAAUUACAUCUGGCUUUUAAAAGGAAAAUUAUAAUAACAAAAAUAAAG